CCGAGGACCUCCUGGCGACACCGCGGUGGACAUGCUCGACGAAAGCAGCUCUAUGGUCCCAAGCAUGCCUCGCAUGUUGGGUGGCGUCUGUGCACGCAGACGACUAUCACCGUUGACCAUCGAAGCUUGGACAUACGAGGCCUUGCGCUAUCGGUGUCCUCCGUGCCCCAGUGGUGCGGCGAUGGUCAUGACGGCAAGCAUGGGCUUUCUAUCUUCACGCGUGCCAUCACUAACCGCCACAGGUGUCGCUCGGCUUCCGGAGCUUCGGCCAUCGAAGGCAAAGAGUCGUCCAAGCAGAGAUGGUCCCGAGCGAUCAGUCGAUGACUGCCGCAUGAUGGACGCCACUUGGCCAGUUUGGUGUUGGCCUCCCGGCAUGGCAUUGCUUCAUGCUUGUCGCGAAUGACCAGGUCACAGAUCCAGCGCACACUCGGUCGUCACAACGUCGAAGUUUACCACUCCUCUUCUUGACAUGAUACUGGGACAGUGUCUUGCUAUGUUUGCGUGCCUACCGAAUAGUUUCGUGGUUAAAGCUCACAACGAUCGACACAUAUACGGACUGGAAAUGCACACCCAAAGGAACCAGAAAUCAGUUGAUUGCCCUACGUUGCACUAUCAAAACACCGCGUACUAUAGGGCCAGUGCGGGUUUUGCAGGCGGACAUACGAGGUGAUCCUCCCGGGAUUUACUAUCGGUGUCUCCGUACACUGUGUGCGGCUUGGCCUUGCUCUGGUUCUUCGUCGAGCGUCACGAGUUUUACCAUACCACCUCUUCAUGAUGCCCAUGCUAUAGGAUACGCACGCAUAACGAGAUACGGGUCACACGUUUAUCGAGACGCACAAAUAUUAUCGACCUGGCCGAACGUCGAGCCGUCCAUACGAGGUUGCUUGGC